AUGGAUUUCUAUAUAAGCAGCCUGGCGGCACGGAUUCCGUGCACGCGGCUACAUCGGCAGGUCCAGGAUCCGCGAGGACGCCCAGUUGCGGCCUUUGCAAUCAGCCGAGAUGGAAGACUUGCCGCUAUGGCGACGUACCCCAGGGAGUACCGUUCGGUGGAACGUUCCGUGAACGUGCUCUUCAAAGAUGGGAAGGCCUUGAGGACGUCAAAUUACCACAAGGCGGUACAACGCCAACGCAGGCUUACGGAGCAGCACCAUGAAUUGGAGUACAACGUGGAGCAGUACAUUCGCCACUCGCUCCAGAUGGACACCUUCGGAAGCUUGGUGGAGGAGGUCGCGAUGAGCACCCCAAGUCUGAGCGCCAUAAUCAGGGAUAACAACCCGGAGCCGGCGCCAGAGCCACGCCCAAUCGUGCCAUGUGCAGUGGUGAUAUACGACACAAUGUACUUCAACCCGGUGGAGGAGUUCGUGUACGGUUAUAAGUUGAAUGACGCUGUCUACAUGAAAAAUUCCGCCACGAAUACACCCUCUGCGGGCGUCGUGGAGCCAAGCGCACAUCUCCCUCCGCACAUAGCUAGCGCGAUAUCGAGCAAGUGUCUUUUCCGCCCAACCAAGAUGAGCUUCGUUUGUAAUGAUUCGGUGCUGGUGAUAUCGUCGCCUGACGACGGCGCGAAGCUUUUCUCUAUGGACACGGAGUAUGUUGAGCUCCUCUGCCACUUCCGACCUCAGCUGAGGGAUGAUGUGAAUAUGGAGAGCCUGAAGAUACUCACUGUCAACGUGGUGAUGGCUGACUUGACGGACCACUGUUCUGAACUCCCAUCUGUAUUUGUCAGCCCUUACGUCUUUUGCCAUGCUUGUCAGCAAGCUGUCCUAAAAGAUGUAGAGGCAUGUCAGGGAGACGCUGUGCCGUAUACGGUCGUGAUUGAAUGCGUACUGUCUCUGUCAUCGCACCCCCCCCUUCGUAUGGUGCUUCAUUCCCGGUGGCCAAGCGGCGACGUCGCCGUCCACUCUGUACACCAGAUGUAUCCGUAUGUGGAGCAGCUUUCGGCUCCGGUAGAUUACGUUGUCUCGGUUUUUAGGGCUCGACUCACCGACACUGAAGAAUUUGAUAUUAUGAAUCGAGUUCAUACCUACUGGGCGAUGGAGCCGUAUAUGCACGACAAAACGGAGUUCCUGAUACACUCGGAUAAGCCUAUAGCGUGCGGAUACACAAAAACGCUCCUCGCUUCCAAGGUCAACAGCCGGGACUACUUGGAAGACUACCAGUUGAUCGCCAUGUACACACCCGACUCACAGCUCUAUGUCAUGGAUACGGAAUGUAAUGUGCUCGGGCAGACGGAAGUUCACAACGCCGAAGAAGGGUUUUUCACAAUUGAUGUCGAUCGCACCGGGAGCAUGAUAGCUCUCAUUGGGACUGAAUCGAUUUUCGUCUACCGACUGCACGUAUCUCGUGACGAGGACGGUGCGAUGUCAGUGGCGUUCCAACUUCAAAUGAAAUUCCCACACGUCGUGGGAGUCGGAAGGCGCGAGGAGAUAUUGUCAGCGUGCUUGGGACGCGAUCUGGGCAAUCGUUGGAUGUACGUAUCUGUAGCCCGUGGCUCGGUCGACGCUGUGAUGUACGUGGUUGAUGUGACGCCGAGCAAAGGGAAAGAUCCCAUCAAGAGGACUCUGAACAUGAACUCUGUUAUAUUCCCCUGUAUAACGGAUAUGGUAGCGUUGGAGGGUAGCAUCCUUUUAAUGCCUCGCCACCAGCGCUUUUUGGUGCAGCUGACGCAAGAGCACCUGGAUAGCACGGACGAUACGUACUCUCGCCAGUUCUGCCAUUUCCCCCUCUUAUCGACAAAUAAGGAGGCGCUGAUGCUUAACUCCGCCGUGGAAAAUUGCCCGCAACCUGCACGGGAGAAGUUCGAAAUUUUAUUGCUAGAACGUGAGCGGCAGAUAUCCUCGACCAUGCGGACCAGCAACCGUUUGAGCAUUGGCCGUUGGCUGGAUGCGCUAUACCAGUACAACGCAUUGUGCAUGUACAAAGGGCGUGGAGUAGUAGAAGGCAUGGAUCCGCACGACUACUUGCUCCCUCCCCUACGGAGAACGCGGCAGCAGUUCCCAUUCGGUUACGACGCCAAGCAGUUCUAUGAUCCGCUGCUAGGAAUCGAGUUCACCGGCAGCCCGGCGUUAAUGCGGGCACAAUGCUACGAGUGGGCACGCGAUGUUAUAACAAGGAGUGGCUUCAUCAACCCGUUGUACCCAAUGGAGGUGGUAUACGAUGAUAAGCUUCAAAUGCUGGACUAUGUGUGCGCAAAGAUUUGCAUAUCUCAGUGGGACAACCCUGCGGAUAUACUGUUUUCUAUGCGGAGCAACGAUUUCCUGCGUCUUCAACUGUGCAACUUCUUGAAGAUUUCACAGCGCCUCGAGCUACCGUGCGACGCGCAGGGCAUGAUACCAUGUGAGAAGACAAUGAUUUUCAAGAAAGUGAGCGAAGUCAUGCCGCAGAUGCUCGUAGACGGUGUCCAAAUACCAGUUAGACAGAGUCGCGCGUCUCUAGAGCGGGAGGCGUUCGAGUUCAUACGGCAACAGUUGGUGCCAGAGCUGGUCAGCAUUCCGGCAAAUAAGUUGAAGAAGAUCAUACGGGACAGACUCUACCGUUUGCGCAAGAAGCUGACAGUUCUGGAACGAUACAAGCAGGAACACGACCUCCUCGACGUGCGCCCUGAUUUCACACUUGACGAAAUUGCACGCAACGACUGUAGGCUACCGACAUUCCGCGACUCUGUCGAUACGCGCGAAGUGCUGUUGAGCGAAUUCGCAAUGCGUGUGCGUAUCAAGGUGCUGACUACCUUUUAUAAGGCCCAUAAGGAUGGCGGCCCCGACUUGGAUGAGUUCGACUCUUCCUGA